UCGUGGAUUCUCUUCGUUGUGUUGUCCUCCCUGCUGCGUGUCCGGUCUGAUUGUCGCGCGCGGCCUGUCGCGUCCUCGCAUUUGUCAUCAGUCGUCCUCGGCGUCACGGUUCUGUUGGAAGACGCGCCGAUGCCUUCUGGGCUUCACGCUCGGCGCGUCCUCAGAUUUUCCGCCAGCCGCCCUUCUCAUCGCCCUCGAGGGUUUCUGUCGAAUGAGAAGCCUGACGCUCGGCCGAGUAGGACGGGGUGCCGCGCCUUUCGCGGCCGCGGCCGAAGUCGAACAUCCGUGCUCACGCUUCGAACGACGUGGUCACGCCUCGCGCACGGGCGUCCAUCACGGCGAGCAGCGAAUUAUCGCGUCCACCCAUCAGCUCUGCACAUGCCACCGAGGCUGAGCGCUGAAACUUCUCCGGGUUUUUGUUUCUUCAGCCUCGAUGAAGCCCGUUGCCCGUCCUCUUCGCCCUCUCUGAAUCCACUGUGUACCUUCCUGCUCUGUUUGUUCCUCCAAUCUGCUCUGUUUCGAGGGCUCUGACGAUUGCCCGAGGACCGCUUUCCCGUCCCUGUCGACGGCCAUCAAUGUCGCAAGGUGCAUAAUGCACAAGGCCUGCCUGAUGUGAACACGCCCUUGUUGAUCCUGGCGGCCGUAUGCGCGCACCGCCUCGGACGUCUCGAGCUUCCUGACGUCUCACGCACUCAUCAAUGGUGACCCGCCACUGUCGCCAGGAACCUGCGCGCGACGUCUCGGCAGAUCAUUUCCC